UACCAUACAUCAUAAAACACCUCUCAAUUAUUUCAUACCAAACAACAAUACACAAAAAAUGGAAGACUCUUUCCAUAAAGUUACCAUUGUAAACCAAGAUGGCUCAAUUAAAACCCUUAAGGUACCCGUAGUGCAAGAACUCGUUCGGCAUGGCAUCCAUAACAUACCAAAAAUGUUCCUUAGACCACCCUCCGAAAGCAUUGAAACCGCGGCUGCUAAUUUGGCGGAAGAUUUUCCGUGCAUAAGUAUGGUCAAAUUGCGUAAUAAUAUGGAGGAAAGAGAAAACGAGCGAAAAAAAUUAGUUGAUGGUCUUAAAGAAUGGGGAAUGGUAUUAGUUAGUGACCAUGGUAUACCAACUAAUUUGUUGUGUUCUGUUAAAGAAGUUAUUAAGGGGUUUUUUGAGUUAUCUUUAGAAGAAAAGAAAAAAUGUGUUGGAACAUAUGUUAGUGUGGAUAAUAUGGGUUAUGGUAGGAAUUAUGUUAAGUUAGAUGAUACACCUAUGGAUUGGAUUGAUAGGUUAACUAUGAAGGUAUCUCCAAAAGAAUCAACUAUUGGACUUAAUGUUUGGCCUCAAAAUCCUCCAAAUUUCAGAGAAAUCAUUGAAACUUAUGCAGGAGAGGGUAAAAAACUAAGUGAUGAAAUCCUCCAAGCAUUAGCAGAGGCAUUAUCACUACAAAAAGAUGGAUUUACCCAACAUUUUGACACAAAAACAAGAGAAAUAAAUGUAAGAAUAAACUAUUAUCCUCCAUGUCCAAACCCAAAAUCAACAAUGGGCAUAAGUGCACACACAGAUGCAACUGUACUAACUGUUCUGAUGGAAUUUGGUGCCUCUGGUGGCCUUCAAGUUAUGCACAAACAUAAGAAAGUAUGGAUGAAUGUUCCAUGGGCGACGGGCGAAUUGCUAGUAAGUGCAGGAGAUGUUCUAGAGAUAAUGAGCAAUGGAAGAAUUGAAAGUCCUUGGCAUAGAGCUGUUACCCAAGCUGAAUUUGAAAGAUAUUCUUUGGCUUUGUUUUUUAACCCUUCAUUAGCUAAGGAAGUUGAGCCUAUUGUGGGUGAUGAUUUGAGUAAAUGUGUGUAUAAGAAGGUGGUUUUGGGUGAGUAUUUGGAGAAUGUUUAUAAGGUACUUACCACCAAAGAGAAGUAAGGGCAAACCUACAAAGAAGCAUAAGGAGGAAGAAGUGAGCGUAACAAUUAGUAGGUAACUAUAGUAGCCGUUUAAAAUGUGACAAGUUAUGAUGUCAAUAAAAAAUAUAUAUUUGUUGAAUUAUUUAGAAAAAUAAUCAAUAGUAAAGAUUAUUCAUAGCAGAUAAGUAAUAAGUGGAAUUAUUUAGGAUAUUUUUUCCGAAAGAAAUUACUUUUAGCAUAUCUUAGAUUGAGUUCUUUAUUCUUCAAUGCAUGAUAUAAGCAACAAUAAUAUAUGAUGAUGAGUGUGCAUCUUCCUCUU